UUCCCCUUCUUGUUGUCCCUCCCUCUUUCUCUCUCUCUCUUUUUUUUUGUAGUUUCAUCUUGCAUCACCACCUAUAAGAAAACACCUCCACCAGUGCCGCCCCGAACUUCCACCUGCUCCACAUCCUCCAAGCCCUACAUCUCAAUCACAGCCCAGAGCAGCACAGAGUCUGCCCAGGAUGCAUACAUGGAAGAGGAGGGACCCAGAGGUGACAUGACCAUCCAAUCAGGACUCAGUAACUCAACAGAGAGCAUUGACAGCAUGAAGGCCCUGACAGCUGCCAUAGAAGCUGCUAAUGCACAGGUCCACGGACCAGCCAGUCAGCAUGUCAGUAACAGCACCAUGACAGUCAGCCCCCCCACUCCGUCGGUCCUAAGCAGGGGGCAAGUUGUUGAAGACCACCGGGAUAUAUACAGGAAAGAAGCACUCAGGAAGGGAAAAUGUCUCUCCAUAGGCAUCCAGGUGGAUGGCCCGGAGGAGAUUCCAGACCCAGAGGACCCAUCUAAGUUCACCUCUGUAGGGGUGCAAGUAGAGGAUGACAGAGGGUAUCGCCGGUUCCAGCGCUCCAACAGUGUGACAGCAGCUGUACAGGCAGAUCUGGACAUGCCGGACCUGCUUGACACCCCACUAGAUUCCCCAGACAUUGACAUGGAAGUCCUGUCAUCUGGUGCCAUCUCUCGACAAUACUCCCGUGAUGCUGCCACCUCUACCGUCAGUAUCCAGGGCUCAGGGAAUCACUACCACGCCUGUGCCUCCGAUGACUAUGAUGAUGUGGGCUUUGACCCGUCCAUCCUUCCCCCACCAGACCCCUGGAUAGACAGUGUAACAGAUGACUCACUUGAUGUGGUGCAGCGGUCGGUGUGUCACAGAGAUGGACGCUGGUUUCUGAAGCUGCUGCAGGCAGAGACAGACCGCAUGGAAGGCUGGUGUCGACAGAUGGAGCUUGACCAGCGGGAGAAUGACCUGCCUGAAGAUAUCCUCGGUAAGAUGAGGAGUGCUGUAGGAAGUGCUCAGCUACUGAUGUCCCAGAAGUUUCAGCAGUUCAGGGAGCUGUGUGAGGAGAAUCUGAACCCCAAAGCCCACCCUCGUCCUGUGGCCUCAGACCUGGCUGGUUUUUGGGAUAUGCUUCAGCUGUCAAUCGAGAAUAUCAGCCUCAAGUUUGAUGAGCUCCACCAGCUCAGAGCCAACAACUGGAGACCCCUGGAUCCCCCUGAAAGAAAGGAGAGGCGGCUUCCACCUCCAGUGCCAAAAAGGCCACCCAAGGGCCCCCACCACCACCCCCCUCUGGCCAGAGACCGCUCACUGGAGAGCUCAGAGAAACAGCGGCAGGAGGCCAGGAAGCGCCUGAUGGCCGCCAAGAGAGCCGCUUCCGUAAGGCAAAACUCAGCUACGGAGAGCGCUGACAGCAUCGAGAUUUACAUCCCUGAGGCUCAGACAAGGCUAUGAGGACACUACCAGGGAUACACACAGGGUUGACAUGCAGAAUACACACAAACACAGCAUACACAAAUACAAAUGUAUGGUUGUCCACACCAAGGUUAUAGGGGUGUAACCAAAUCUGAAUACUGAAUUAAGAUAUGCACAGAUCCUGCAGUCUGAACAGAUACGAAAAACAUACAUUUGUGCAGUAAUAUUCUUCUGAGUCAUAACACAGAUACAUCAAACACAACUUGCUGUAAUCAGCUGAAUUCACUCUUUACAGUGCUGACCAUAUUGCUGACAUUAAAGAAGGCGCUUCUUAUAACUUCACCAGAUCUUGUCUCGUAAUGAUCAGAUUCACUCUUUUUUUUCAGAAUCAUAUCAUCACUUCUGACCAGAUUAGUUGUGCAGUGCAGAAUUAAGUCUGAGUGAUGUACCACAGGAGUUGUAUUUACCUCGUAAUCACAUAUUGAUGCCCACUGUGUGUGCUAACGGGCUGAGGGAGCUUAGAUAUAUAUAUGAGGAGUAUAAAUAGCACUAAAAAAUAUUUAAUGCUAAAAAUGAAGCAGACUAGAAAAUUCCUAGCAGCUUCUGAUAUAAACCAGAUACAGAUACAAAUACAGAUAUGUGACACAGAUAGGGCAGCUCCCUAAACAUCAGGGCUGCUGAAGAAAAAACAUCUGAAUAGUGUUGAGUUAAAAACAAAUGACAUUUAUAGGCUAUAUAAUAAAAAGUCUAAACCAUAAGUGCAUGACAAAUUAAAAUGUCAGUGUCAGCCCCUCCCCAGAUAUGGACAUUGGCUUUGCGUUACAUCCCUAGCAACCAAUGUACAUUUGACUUUCCAAGACACACAAGACCCAAUAUACUGUACCCUUCAGCAUCAGUCAACUGUGUCUCCUAGAAAUUACGUCUUAUGAAUUGCAUUCAUAGUAACAGCCUGGAUUAUGUUCACAGAUAAUGUUACUCUUAACUACAGUUAUGUACUUUGCUGGUUUUGCAGGGAAUUGGUUGGGGUGGAUGGUGGACAUACAAAGUGCAGGACUAUGACUCAAGAUUUGUGUCCAGAAUCCUGUUAGUGGUUAGGUUUAGGCAACAAAAACACUUUAGUUAAGGUUAGGGAAAAAUGGUGAUUUUUAGUUUAAUGUUAAUAAAAAGUUAAUAAAAGUAAUAAUGAUUUAGUCACUAUGAGUGGAUAAUGUAUUGCAUGACUGCCUAUUUUGGUGGAAAACAAAUAAAAUAUGUUGUCAGAGAACAUUUUGCUGAUGUGUUCACUGCCAACACUUCUGCAGCUAGAAUUUUGCAAUAGAAAAUGGAAUUUGCUCAUAAUUAUAUUUCCCUAAAAAAACAUAUUCGCUAUUUCAAAUUAGUUGUAUGUAAACAUAAUUUGUAGGAGACAGGUCUGCAUCAGUUGGCCAUGACCUGUAGGAGCUGUCCAAACCUCUAAUAAACCAAGAUUUUACAUGUUGGACCACUGUCUUUGAUACAUGUGUCUAACUUUUACUAAUUGAGACCAGCUGUUACUUUUUAUAAAGCCACAGCUACAGUUAUGUUGCAAUGUUUUUUAUAGAAAUGUGCACCCCACAAUGAGAAAAUAAUCUGAAAUCUGAGCUGAACUAAAAUACAAAUUAUUUCAUUUUUUUCUGGGAAUUUGAAGGACUUCUUCUUCAUCUGCUGAGGGGAUCAUGUGAUAUGGUCACAAGCUCUAAAACAGCUACUUAAUAGACUUUGUGCCGAGAUUUCUGUCAGCUACUUAGUUAAAGGUGUACAAUGCAGGAUUUCCUAUGAAACAAUGUAUAGACCACUACAAAAGUAAUCCUUCUCAAUCAUUACUUAUGACCCACUCUUAGUGUGUGGCGGUGUAUUUAUCUGCAGAGACUCUGCCCUUUGCCUAAAUUUUCUUAUUUUGCUGUUGUCAAGACUUCUUGGCGGCCUGUUCUCAUUCCCAGGUCAUCAUAUACAGUACAUAUGCUUUGUCACGCCCCCUCGGUGUGUGACGCCAAAACUGAAGGCACCCUUCAGUGUCUCUAUGAGAUGCAUAUGAGAUGCCUCCAACUAAUUUCAAUGUAGAAGAUGCUAACAAUGGACAUGCUAUAAAUCAAGCAAACAACUCUUUGUAUAGUGGGUGGAAAGGGUGGUGGAGGGGGUACCGUAUGACAAUGUUAACCAUGUGUUACAUCGUGUUUCAAAAACCCAGUCUCACUCUGAAGUCGUUGAAUACCGCCGUUUGGUCAGUGACUUCCAGCAUCAGAUGUUAUUCUGUAACGGUACCCUGCGCUGUCAGGGUGAAACGCGGCCAGGCAACAAAGUAAAUGAAAAGGGUGAAAUGUGAGAGGCGUGGUAGAUGGGUCCAGCAACCACUGACUUUCACCAGGGAAGCCAGUGUUCACUUCCCGUAUGAAUGUAAAGCCAAACCCUGUUCUUUCGUCCUAAACCCAACUAACUGUUACGACCUGCGUUUGUUGUUUAAGGUAAAAAACGUAAAUUUGCGGUGUUGUACCAGCAUAGUGCAUAGGGUUGCAGCAAUAUACCAGUUUCAAGGUAUACUGUGAUUUAUAAAUUAGGAUUAUCAUGCCGUGUGCAUUUUCUUAUCUAUGAUGUUGGGAAAAAAAUGCAACUGGAUGUUGAACCUCCCCUUUAUUUUAGUUAUUUUCUAAGGGGAGACUUUACAAUGCGUGUAACACGCAUAACUUCACAUGGCGUCCCAGAACAUCAACAACCAACAGUGUACUUUGCAGGUCAUAUCUCAAUAUGGAAAGUCCAUGGCGAAACUUCGAUAUGUGACGAGGUCAGAGUGAGAAUGUGUUGGUUUCACCCAGGUAACAACUGUGUAUCACAUACACAGACACUAGUGGCACAUUUGCACCAGAUCCAUUGACAGAGGAUGUGUUGCGGAGAGUUUGGAGACGGGGUUGCAAUGUGUUUUGUGGUCUGUGUUUGCAUGAAGUAGACUAGAUUCAAUUUCAUGCAAAUGAGUCCGUCCAGCACAGUGCAGAUGGUUUGUGAAACUUGAACCAAGCUGUCAAACUAGGCGAUGUAGUUCUAAAAUGAAACAAGAUUCAGAAAUGGCAUUGCCCAUUUCUGAAUCUCAGAUGUUUCGAGACAUACAUUUUGGUGGAUGUUUAGAUGGAAUAACAGACCACCAUGUUAUUUCCUGUUUGAAAAGGCAAGCAAAAAAAAAAAAAAAAGGACCGCCCAACUAGCACUGCGUUUAUCCAAUCAAGUGCAUUCCACAAUAGGGUACGUCCUCACUGGAGCUAGUGGAAAUUAAGUACAAAGGAUGCUUUGUGCGUCGGUAUGAGACACUGAGGCGGCAUGUCAAAGCAUCAGUAUUUAAUGUCCUGGGAAUGAGUAUGGGUUGUUCCUGGGCAGAGCACACAGGUGAGUUUAGGACUUUAUAAAAAGGUAGCAGCAGGUGCCAAACCAUAAGCAGCAUGCAUCCAAGAGAAAGCUAUGAAAAUUGCAGACACAGCGCAAAAAAACGCAAACAGAGAGGCGAUAUGCCAAGCAGAGUGAAUGUGGGGUUGGCUUUCACUUUAGCUGGCGACACUGUUUACAAACAGGACCGGACAAUUCCUGCACAGUAUACCUUUAAUGUUGGAGGAAGACUGUGGCAGAGUGUAUUCAGCCUUUCAGGUUUGGUCAGAUCAUACAGGACUUGGUUUGACUUUUGGUAGAUGUUGAAGAUUUCGUCUGUGGGUCUUGUAAUACUACACAAACAUGUACAGAGGUGAUGGACAGUCCUACACACACACACACACACACACACACACACACACACACACACACACAGAGUAGUAGUGUGAAAACACUUGGAUCACACAAUGGUUUACACUAACACAAACUAACACAUCAGCACUCACAGGUAAUUCUUUCAGGUCUUGUGGCUGUAUGAACUGCAGGCUGUUGUAAUAUAAAAACAGAGUCUCUCUCUUCCAUCUGGAGAAGAGGCCGUCAUGAUCACUGUUGAUCUCCACACUCCAUCUAUUCUUCAUUGAAGUUAGGAACUUCAUGUAACGAUCAACUGGUAUUUUCUUCCACUAUGGUGAACACUAAAAAUGGAGACAAUAUUUUAAUGGAAAAUUGGUUAUUUUACAAAUGUAGAUGUACUUCCAUAGGUUUGGACAUGAUUCUUAUUGGUUGUGAUCAUUUUUUACUCAGCAGUCGGCUCACAUGGACUACACAGGGCACUGCAAACAGGAGCCACCAGGCAGGUUUUAACCAAGUUUUGUAAAAACAACAUAUUCAAAGAUUUGUUUCAAAACUGUCCGAUGGCUGGUGUGGUUGCCCCCUCUGUAUUUUAGCAAUUCAGCUUUUGAUGACCAAAACUACAAAUAUUAAGUUGUAAAUAAACAGUUUUCUUUUAACCCUUGCUUGUAUAACAUAGAAAGCCAUCAAGUGAAUUAUGAAGUGCUGAUACGAUCAAAUACACUGUUACUGGGGAAAUAAUGCCUGAUACUGUUGGGAAAUGAUUUGAGUUGGGUGUUUGUAUGAUCACCUCCUGUGCAUAGGUCACACGUUUUCUCCCUUUUUGGUUUGAUCUGCACAUCCACUCUUGGAUUUGUAUUUUACAGGGUACAUUUACACUUAAGCAAUAUUUAGUGAAGAUAGAGAUAGAUUUAGUGAAUUGAGCUUUAUGGAACUGCUCAGAGAUUUACUAUUUAACUCAAGACCCUAUAAUUUAUAAGAAGGAGUGAGACUGAAUUGAAUGUGCAGUGUAGUAUUAAUGUCAUGGCAUCUCUCAAGUAGCUACUCUAGUUGGGCAAUUAAAAAAAUAACUUAAUCUUUCUAAUUAUAAGAUGUUCAAAUUCAUUUUUUCUUCAUUAGAGUGAUAGAUGGUUUGACAGGCCAUGUCAAGAUUUAAACAGGUUGGAGAAGUCUAAUUUGAAACUGGUAGCGAUGCAGAUAAGAGGAUCCUCUGGCUGUUUAAAGACAAAUACAGAGACUGUGUUUCUCUUUGUGUAGACAGCCAUCAGACAGUUUUGGACACAAAGGGCUAUGACUCUAGCCAUUAGUAGGAAUCCAGUGGUUGCCAAAUAAGAGCCUCCAGGGAGCCAGAGUUAAUUUAAAGCUCCCUGAACAAAAUGACAAUAGAGGCAUUGUUUCAGUACUAUAGACUGUCCUCAAUUAGACAGUGCAUAAGAAUGGCAGUUGAAUAUAGUCUUCAUUCAUACAGUAACUUCAUUUUGAGCUGUCUCGCUGUCUGCAAGCUGUCACCACAGUUUAUGAGCUGGAUCUACCCCUUGCUUCUCCACAGCUCUACCCUCUCAUACAGAUAUGGUCACUUCUGGCUCCAAAAAUCCAAGAUGGCAACAGCCAGAACCCAGUCUCAUUCUGUAGUCGUCAAAUACUGCAGCUUGGUCACUGAUUUCCAAGUCAGACACCAAUGAAAGACAGGCAACCUUUUGUGGCGCUUUCUUAACCGGAGGGAGGUGUUAGUUAAUAACACCAUCAGUCGUCAUCAGUCGAGGACACUGACCUGCCUGAAAAUGAACUUUGUGUUUGUCAGUCUGAAACAGAAUGUUCAUUUUGAUUUGGUUGCACCAUUGUGUCAUCCUGCAGGCUUUUAGACCCGCCCAAAAAAUCCUGGACACAGAAUUUGUGAUAAACAGUCUAUCUCCACAGUUCAGUACUAUAGUUCCCAAUCUAUGCACAUUUUCAACAUGUUUUCUAACAUGUAUAAUGUGUUUAGAUGUAAAUCUCAGAUUUUUAAAGUAUUUUGAAAAGAAACAAUGCAUGUAACAAGCGUAAAGUGACAUGGCGUCCCAGAAAGUCAAUAACAGAUGCACCCAGGAUAUAUAGCGUGUCAUAUAUAGACAUUAAAGUCUACUCACCAAGCGGCAAUAUGUGACGAGCUGGGAGUAAGAAUGUGCUGAAUGCCAAAUCCAAGGCUUCGAAAUAGUAGUCCACAAACCAAUGGGUGACGCCAUGGUGGAUACGUACAUUAUUUUUACAGUUUAUGCCACAACUACAUCCACUGCUCAUUAUAAUUCCCUUCAUUUGAAAUGAAUUUAGUGGACAAUAUUGCUGUCAUGUUAGUGUGACCAGGCUCUCAGAUACAAAGAAACAGUGUGUGGGUUAACUUCUCAGUGUGUAAUAAUGGUUUACUUUAACGGGUUCUUGUGUUCUAUUUUAUACUAUACUCUGAAAGGAAUACAAGUCAAGGGGAAUUGUACUAUUUUUUCUAGUUACCCAGAGUCCCCGUUUUUCUGUGCAUGCUAUAUGAAAGAACAGGAGCCGCUGCUUAGCUAAAAUGCUUGAGAUCGACAGAAACAAUCAGCACUUCUGUCAAGACAAGGUUGACAGAUCAUCUUUAAAGAUGAGAGAUUUAUUAUUGGAGUGAAGUUGGGUUUUUGCCAGUGAGAGGGUAGUUUUCAUGUGUCAAAGUGUCUGUGACUCUGGUUGAGUAGGAAAAAUAGUUAACUUCACCCAAACUGUCCAUGCAUCAUUAAUUUCCCUGUGCAUUAGAAUGACAGGAACAGAAAUGACAGUGUGGCUGGAUGAUAAAAAAUACCAUGUGGAAUAUUCUAGUCUUCUUUAUAGUGACAAACCUAAAUGUAACUUUGGUUUUGACUUUUAAAGCAGUCCAUCCCGGGUGUUGUAAUGGCAAAAAUGAAUGCCUAUUGAGUCAAACCCCAGGAAUUCUGCGAUUUUGUCCAAUCACUGCAAUUGCCGCAAAUAUGACUAUUUAAAAUGGAUAAAAUCUCAUUUCAUUGUAGAACUGCAUCCAGUGUGUUGAACUUAGCUUCUCUCUUUUUCUGUUUAUCAUGAGACCACUGCUGCGCCUGGGACAGAGUCUCACACACACAGUGACAGGGAUAACUGUUACCUAACAUUAACAGGUUUUAUGAGUCAAGCCAUUUCAGAGUUGGUGUAAGAUUAUGAGGACUUUUUAUAGCUCAGUGUUGGAUAUAAGCUGCUGCGGUUGUGUUAGUUUGUGCAUCAGGCAUUUUAGGUUGGCAUUUUGCUGCACUCCCUGAUUUUGUUUUUAUACUGCCAAUGCUGAACGAAGACUGAGUGGGCUUUCCUGCAAAUUUUCAGAAUUUUUAUUUAAAAAGGGAUGGCUUUAGAUCCCAAAUCCCACAAUCCCAAAACCAAUCUGUGAAAUCCUAGAGGGACUGUUAAAGGGAUGCGUUAAGCCAAGCAGAGCAGCUGAUAUUAAAAUACUUUGUGAUUAAUUUAAAGAAUGAAAACAUAAAUACUUAAAGGUCUAAUGUUUAGGAUUUAGUGGCAUCUAGUGGUGAGGUUGCAGAUUGCAACCAACUGAAAUUUCCCCCAGGUGCUAAGUAUGUAGGAGAACUACAUGCUAUAUACUACAUGCUAACAUAAAAUGCUAAUGGCCCUUUCUUGAGCCAGUGAUUGGUUUGUCUGUACUGGGCUACUGUAGAAAAAAACAUGGCAGACUCUGGAAGAGGACCUUCUGUGUGUAGAUAUAAAGAGCUCAUUCUAAGGUAAUUAAAAGAUGAAGGUUCUUAGAUUCAGGUGGUUAGAAACUGAUAAAAACAUAGUUAUGAAUAUUGCAAUCAGUUUCUGCCAAUAUGUCCCCUUAGAUUCUACACACUGGACCU